GUUGACUGACUUUCGGACAUCAAUAAUACCAAUUUGAGUGGACAGUACAAAACUGAUAGAUAUCUCCAGAACAGAACUUGUAAAUCAAUUCUCUCUCUCUCUCUCUCUCUCUCUCUCUCUCUCUCUCUCUAUGGGAAGUGGAACAAGGCCCUUUACCUUGUCCUCAUGGGUCUUAGUUGCAGCCUUGUUCGGUAUUAACUUAUUAUCCAGUGAAAUUUGUAGCGCUAAAUAUAAUUACAGCUGUGCUUCUUCCUGCGGCAACAUCCACAACAUAAGCUACCCUUUUCAACUAAACCGUGAUCCAGAGCACUGCGGGGACUCGAGGCAUACGUUGCACUGCGACAACAACGUUACGGUAUUGCACCUAAAUUCUGCAAAAUACUUGGUGCUGGCCCUCAACUACGAUGACACAACGAUCCGAGUCGUAGAUCCUGGCCUUGAAAAGAACAAUUGCUCCUCCAUUCCUCGUUAUCCUAUAACCAAGUCUAACUUCAGUCUGGGGGAUCUGUAUUCUUCGUCAAGUCAGACUGUAACUUUUAUCAAGUGUGCAAAUCCAGUGAGUUCAUCUCUCUACGUAGCGACUGCUCCAUGCAUUAAUAAUCUGAGUAGGACAGGUUAUGUCAAGCUUGGCAGUACAGCGUCGGAUUUGGAGGACGGGUGCAGUAUAGAGUGGACGACUAUGAUGAGUAACUCCUUGUACAAGGAAAAUUACCAAAACUUUUCUUACAGAUACAUACACAACGCUUUGAUGUAUGGCUUUGAGCUUAAUUAUCAUGGCUUGGGUUUUGACUUUGUUAAAUGUGGCCCACACCAAUGGACCCCACUUGGUAAUAAGUGUAAGACAGAUUAUGAAUUUUUUAAAAUUAAAGACCUGGCUAGUUUUUUUCGCUCAGGUCCAUUGCGACUAAUGGCACUAAUAACCAUUUACUUCGUAUCACAUUUCAUGGUAAAUUUUAUAUUUGGGGCUCCAUUUGUGAUUGCAUUUUUGAUCUAUAAAUGGCGGAAAAGACAUUCAUCAAUGUAUAGCAGGAUUGAAGAUUUUCUACAUAGUGAUAACAAUUUUCUGCCGAUAAGGUACUCUUACUCGGACAUUAAAAAGAUGUCUAACAAAUUCAAGAAUAAGUUAGGUGAAGGAGGCUUUGGCACGGUAUUUAAAGGAAAAUUACGCAGUGGCCGUUUUGGAGCAAUUAAGAUGUUGGGCAAGUCCAAAGCUAAUGGGGAAGAUUUCAUUAGUGAGGUAGCUACCAUUGGAAGGAUUCACCAUGUUAAUGUGGUGCAACUUGUUGGUUAUUGUGUUGAGGGUUCGAAGCGCGCUUUAGUAUAUGAGUUCAUGCAAAAUGGAUCUCUUGAUAAAUACAUUUAUUCCAAAGAAGGGAGUAACUUGCUGAGUUACAAGAAAAUGUAUGAUAUUUCGCUUGGAGUAGCUCGAGGGAUUGAAUAUCUACACCAAGGUUGUGACAUGCAAAUUUUACAUUUUGAUAUCAAGCCUCGUAACAUCCUUCUUGACGAAAAUUUCGUUCCAAAGAUUUCUGACUUUGGGCUUGCGAAAUUAUAUCCUACGGAUAACAGUAUUGUCUCGUUAACGGCAGCGAGGGGAACAAUGGGUUACAUGGCUCCUGAGUUGUUCUACAAAAAUAUUGGUGGCGUCUCAUACAAAGCUGAUGUCUAUAGUUUUGAAAAGCUAUUGAUGGAAAUGGGAAGCAAACGAAAGAAUUUAAAUGCACGUGCAGAGCAUUCAAGCCAAAUUUACUUCCCCUCAUGGGUCGAUCAGUAUAAGGAGGGAAAGGAGUUGGAGAUGGAGGAUAUAACAGAGGAAGAAAAGAAAAUCGUAAAAAAGAUGGUUAUAACUGCCUUGUGGUGUAUUCAAUUGAAGCCAAGUGAUCGUCCGGCAAUGAACAAAGUUAUAAAGAUGCUCGAAGGAGAUGUUGAAAGCCUACAAAUGCCUCCUAAGCCUUUUCUAUGCCCUCAAGAGAUGCCUGUAGAUAUUCAUGAUAAUUUGAACCAUACAUGUUCUAACGUAGAGGUGACAUGUACUCUGUCACCUAGGUGAUGAUGAGGUAGCAAC